CAUUGUGUUAUUUUCGAACGAUUAAAAGAAACAAUGGUUAAACGACACCUGUCACACCGGUUGCACUCUAGUCUAGAAAACAUCACUACAUCAACUAGACGGGAAAUGCGUCAAAUACCAAAAAUUUUAAGAAGAUCUGCUUCCGUUGACAGGAGAUCAGUGGGUUUUCGAAAUUUUUCAUUGAGAGAACGAAACAUUCGUCUUCGCAGGACUACUUCAUUCGAAUCUGUUGAUGUAUCGCAAUGCGUGAUAUGUAAGAGCAGAAUAAAUUCACCUAAAAUGAUGAAAUGUCGGCAUACUUUUUGCCUGCAAUGUUUCAAAAAUCGUUUUAUAAUAUCACGCAAAAGAGGUAUGUUAUAUUUAAAAUGUUAUUUUUAUAUAAAUAAUUAUUUUACGGAAUAUUUUAAUCAGGUUAAUUGAUACUUAUGAUAGAUAUUUUAAAAAUA